AUGGCUUUCUUCUCGACCUUCCACACUCAACUCAACCAAUUAAACAUACUCAAAUCCAUCGGCGCCAAGUUCAACCAGGCAUAUUUUUCGUCCAAGAAAGCUCCCGCCCUGGACGCCGAGGACGAUGAUAUUAACCGCGAGUCACCUGUUGCGACGCUGGCGUCACCUGUUGCGCCGCCGCUCGACCUCAAUUUGUGGCUCGAGAAAAGCAACGAGGUCAUGCUCGUGGUGCAGAGCCUUGGCAACGGGUCCUCCUGUUAUUCUCUAGUCUCUACCAAACGCGACUCGUUCAAAGUAGUAGUAAAAGAUGAUAUGUCCAGCUUGUCGGCUCUACUCAAAUCUCAAAACUGCAAUCCCGAGCUCUAUGCGAAACCCCACGCUUAUCAGUAUAACAUAUUUAUUUGUUGA